GCAAAUACAGCUGAGCGCCGUCAGGCGGCACUUUCUCGUCAAAGGAGGCGGGAUGGUUUGCCGCCGCUUUUCCCGCGCAAAUCCCGUUCCCGCCGUUUGAAGGAAGAUCUGUGGCGGACAGGAGAUGUCAAAGAAAAGAGGUCUGAGCGUUGAAGAGAAGAGAACUCGAAUGAUGGAAAUCUUUUUUGAAACAGAACACAUUACAAAACAAACUGUUUUCUUCUCACUUUUUUGGUAUCAGAAAGAUGUAUUUCAAUUAAAGGAUAUUGAGAAAAUUGCUUCGAAAGAAAAAGGAAUAACAUCUAUGUCAGUAAAGGAUAUCUUACAAAGCUUAGUUGAUGAUGGUAUGGUAGACACUGAUAGGAUUGGAACGUCAAAUUAUUUUUGGGCCUUCCCAAGUAAAGCAUUGCACACAAGAAAAUGUAAACUGGAAGAACUGCAGAAUCAGUUCUCAGACUAUUGUCAGAAGAAAAAGGAUUUAGAAGAAAGUAUCACGCACUCAAAAAUUGGACGGCAAGAUACUGCAGAACGUGCAGCACUAAUAAAGGAACUUAGUACCUUACAACAGAAGAAAGACCAUCUAAAGACAGAAGUAGAUAAAUACAAAGAAUGUGAUCCAGAUAUUGUUGAAGAAAUCCGUCAAGCAAAUAAAAUAGCUAAGGAAGCAACCAACAGAUGGACUGAUAAUAUAUUUGCUGUAAAAUCUUGGGCUAAACGGAAGUUUGGAUUUGAAGACAACAAAAUUGACAAAACAUUUGGUAUACCAGAAGAUUUUGACUAUAUUGAUUGAAAGUGUUUAAUAAAAAAGAUGCCUUAUAACUUAAUAUUGUUCAAGAUGCUUUUAUUUUAAAUUGUAUUUCAUUCCUACCAUUACUAGUACUGUAAUUAAUAAAAUCUGAAAACCCUGAAGUCAUAUUGCUUUCUUACACUUUGAUCUUCCUGAUAAUUGUAUGAAACAGAAAAGUUAUUUGCAGACUCUGUGCUUUAAAAUCUGUGGUACUAGUUGCAUGAUAAAAGUAACAAGCUAGUCCUUUACAAAACAAUGAAAAAAGACAGGAAACUGUUUAAUUAUCUAGAAUUAUUUGAAAAAUUAAAAGGCAUUAAAGGGUUUUAAUGAUAUGAAGUGUUUUACUUGGAAGUUGAGUUGAAUAUAUUAUCUUGAGUAUCUUUUCCACAUAUUUAAUUCAAAAAAGCCAACUUCAGCUGUAUAAUUAAAUAGACUGGUUGUUUUAUCCGUUUUGUUAAAUUGAAGUGAAUAAUACUGAACUAUUUUAAAAAGUGAAAUCUAAAGAAAGCCAAUUAAUAUAGUUUAGUGGAAAAAAAGAAUGUACAAUGAUAUUAAUUUGCUUGCUUCCUAUUACUGACAUUUGAUGAAGACCUUGAAGGUUUCAGUUCUUAUUCAUUAGAGCUCAUAGUAUUUAUUUAUAGCAUCAAAUCCAUUUAUUCAUACAAGGGUACAAAUAUACAACAAAGAAGGAAAAAUGUUGCUUUAAAAACUCUGGAAAUGUUUGAUAUAUUAACAUAUGAUUAAGUUUAAUUCAGCUUAUUUUUUUCUAUGAGCCUCUUCAUCAAUAGCAAUUGCAGGAGCUCCACUCUGGGUCCCAUUGUCAACUUCACCAGUUCUGUGCUUUGUCUUGUUCUAGCUUGUAUUAUUUCAAUUCAUAUUCAGUAAGCCAGUUUAGACCCUUGCUGAAGUUAAAAGAUAAAAAUAUUUUUAUCUCUUGCUGACAAUCACUUAUACACAAAAUGAAAGUCCAUACAAAUGAGGAAGAAGAAAACCCCCACUUUGUACAUAAUGAGAAUGACAAUAGUGUUCUGACAAAAUACAACUACAAGAUCUAUGCCUGCCAUGCAUGCUUACCUAUGCAUGGAGGAAGAGCCACAUAAUUCAUUGGAACUUAUUAUAAGGUGAGCAUGAAAGCAUUUCUUUGUUCUUAGCAUUUAGCACUAGCUCUUACUGGUGAACUCAUUUCUGUUUUAAAUAGAAAGUUCAAAAUAAUUAAGUAGCCUUAGGAUCCCUUCACUCCCUUAAUUUUCAUUGCAGAUUACAUGGAAUACAAUUUUUUACUUAAAAACAGGUUGCAUUCCAACAGGCUGUUCAUCAGUCAAUUUUAAAACAAUCAGCGU